UAUAGUUUUUUUAAUUAAAUGAUAUUCUGAAUGACUUUAUUCAGUAUUCACGUGUUGUGAACACGAGACUUCUCCUAGACACGUGGUUUUAAAAAUAGUUCUAACAUGCGAACGACCGAUAACUCUGCAUAUGCAGAAGUUGUAUAUUGCGUAUCAAUUAACAAGAUUAAGUUAUCGCACGAGUGAACGUGCCUGGCUUAUUUUCGAAUCGUACACUUCCGGCGGCCAUCGGGUUUUGCCAUUUGGAAUGUAAAUAAGGCAGUGAAAACAUCAACAGCAUUACAUCGCUAACACGAUGGGUUCAAACCCUGUACCAGCGUUUUUGACCAAGUUAUGGGCACUUGUUGAAAAUCCAACAUGUGACGACCUUAUUUGUUGGGACGAAUCAGGAAAAAGCUUUCAUGUGUUCGAUCAGGGGAGAUUUGCAAAGGAGAUCCUGCCUCUUUAUUUCAAGCACAGCAACAUCGCCAGUUUUAUCAGGCAGUUGAAUAUGUAUGGUUUCAGGAAAGUGACCAACAUAGAACAAGGUCUGAAAACAGAGAAGGAUGACCUGGAAUUCCAACAUCCAUAUUUUCAGAAAGACCAGGAGCAGUUGCUUGAACACAUCAAAAGAAAAAUCACUCAUCAUGUACCUGCACACCCCCAAAUCAAAGUGGAGCCUAUUCAAACAGUGAGCGUGCCCACAGAAGACCUCAGUAGGAUGGUUUCAGAGGUCAACCAGGUCAAAAGCAAGCAGGACAUGAUGAACAACAAACUAGAAACAAUGAAAAAAGAAAAUGAAGUCUUGUGGCGAGAGGUUGCAUCUCUAAGACAAAAACAUAUGAAACAAACACAGAUUGUAAACAAAUUGAUACAAUUCCUGGUACACUUGGUCGGAGCUAACCGAGUAGCAGCUGCCAGUAAGCGAAAGAUGCCUCUAAUGAUUGGAAAUUCAACCAGUCCAAAGGUGGCUCGCUACAACAAAUCUCAUAUACCCUUAGACAUUGAUUCAUCCAGUUACUGUGUAGAAUCGCCUGAUUCCUUCAGUAAUUACAGCAGUAGUAAUGGUCCAGUCAUACACGACAUCACAGAUCUUCAAGAGAACAAUCAGAGGCAGAAUUCAGGCGCUAAGAAGGAUAGCGCUGUACUUGACCUGUCCCACCUCAAUCUGCCCUCUGACAUCAUUACCCCGGGUCACGUACCUGACACGUCAGGUGUGAAGGACGAUCUGACUCUGUUCAAUGGGGACUUGUUAUCCGACUCGUCAACAUCAUCAGACCUGAUGCCUAAAAUGAUGUCCAUGUCUGACCUGGGACGGAUGGGGAACGUACCAACAUCUGUGAAUACCAAGCCCACAAACACAGUGGCCUCUCCAGGUGUUACAAUGUUAAAGCCAGGCAAAGAUUUCCAACGCCAGAAAUCUGUGAGUGAAAUGUCCGAUCACGUGGAGUCUGUAAGUUCUGACCUAGAAGGAUUAAAAGACCUGCUGGCUGGAUCCAACUACUUUGAUCCCAACCUGUUAUUAGGGCUGUUCAAUGCAGAUGGAAGUAUAAAUACUGCAGGAGAUUCUAUGCUUGCUGGAUUGGACAGUUUCAAGACAGAUGAUGGAUCAAAUUCUGGACCUCUAGUCCAUUACAAACAAGGAGAUGAAGAAAUUCCUGACCUCUUUGACCUUGCAGAAAUGUCCAAGGACGAGCAUGAGGACGAAGCCUCCAAGAUCUCCUUGGAUCAAAUCAACAAAUCAAAAGCUCUGGACACACCCCUACCCAUCCAGAUCUCCGCAGACGACCUGGAUUAAUGUAUUCACUCAUUCAUGUACUCAAAAGUAUGCAUUCUAAUUAUUUUUUGUGAAAAAUGUGCAUCUUAUUUAUUAGAGAAGGGCUUUUGGUCUAUACAAAAGUGUGCAGGCCAUGUAUUUUUAAGAUGUCCUGAUUGAUUGUAUGGGAGUUCUUCUUUCCAUUUUUGAGAGGGAGAGGAGAGAAAGAUAUUCAUUACACACUAAUAUAUCCGAACCUCAUUCAAGCAAGUAAAUUAUUGAAUGUGCACAGUUAAAUCAUAUAUUGUAUAUGACCCAUUAUGAAGAAUGCAUUUGUCAAAACGCAUUAAACACAAAAAAAACAUAUACAGUAAAUUGUUGCGUUGCAUUGUAAAUAAAAAAGCUUUGAGGAGUGUUGUAUUGAAUUUAGUGGUUUCUUUGUUUCGUUAUUGGAGACUGAUUGCACCAUCAAUAACACACGUAGAAAAGUACAUGUUAUAUACAGGUUAAGGACUUGGCCCUUGUGAAGUUUACUACUUAUGAUGAUAUUUGUAUGGCGUGCCAUGUUGUUGAUCAUCAAGUUUAGUUUGAGUUUGUUAGAGGACAUUUACUUACCGGUACUGAUAAGAGUAAGUAAAUGUUUUACAUUUUCUGUUAGGUCUUUGGUUUGUUGAACAUAUUUUGAAAUAAUGCUUACAAUGCAGUGUGGAAAAAUAGCAAGAAAAACAGAUGAAGGGAUUAACUUUGUUUUGUUUCAUUUUGUUGUAUUAUAUUAUUAUUGUUAAUGGUAGGAAGUCUGCUACAACCCAUCUGCAUAAUUGUCCUCAGAGCAUAAUUAAAUAGAUAUCUGUGUAACAAUCACAUCAUUGUAAAUAUAAACCCUGGUGACUUCAUUGUAUUGUGAUAUUAUACACGGCCAUAAUUUAGUGGGGCUAAUUCAGGUAUUUAAUGGACAGUUACAAACUAGAGUUACCUCUCUUUUAUUAGUUUUUGAUUUCCCCACAAUACUUUAUCAAGUUUCUUCGGAGAGUGUAGUAGGAUAAAGCUCUGUUUCUAUUUAAAUAAAAAACAAUUGAGUUAAUUAUAAUGUAUUCAUUUGCAUGCAGUGAUACAUUCGAAUUUUUAUGUUAUUUGUGAACCGUUUCAUUGGAAAAUAAUUGCACAGUAUUUUUAUACAAAAUAUUAAAUAAAUGAAACUUGGCAAGUUGGCAUGUUUGUUUUUAGUGAAACAAAAUCAUGGUAGCUUAAGAAUGUUGUCCAGUUACUUUAUUGUACAUUAAAUAUGUUUAAGAUAACCUAAUAAAAUUGAAUUGGUUAUAGUUAUGAAAGAAAUAAAAAUCUGAAAAGUU